AUGCCGAGAAUCAAAAAGAGGCACGAUGAGGAGCCGGUGAUGAGGAUGAGAGAGCUGCCUGAGACGCUAACCGCGGGCAGAUCGCGCCGCACGAUAAAGCCCAAUCCAAAGUACAUGAACGACGAAAUGCUCGUUCCGACGGGCAGGAACACCGUGGACGAGAACGAGAUGAGCGCCGAGGAGGAGUACAUUGUCGAUUACGAGGAGAACGAUGAUCCGGAAGAUUCAGGACUGGUUGUGCGGCGCUCGGUCGUAAGUUCCACUCCGCAGACGGACGGGCAACCGAGGCGCAGGGGCCGUCCGCCGAAGCAAAAGAAUGUGGAGGCGCCGCGCACCGAACCGGUGAAAAACCUUCGCAAGGAGGUGCUGAAAAAGCUGGACUACAGGACAAUUAGCAUUAGCAAAUCCCGCCACAUGGGCUCGCAGCAGCUGGAUGGAAGGCGCAAGCUGAACCUGACCAUAGACUCGGUGGACACAGAUUCCGCCGAUCAGGACGAAAUGGACGACAUGGAUGUGGAUCGACACUCGCUGCGGUCACGCGGCAACAGCGGGGAGCUCGUGAAUCGCACGCAGAAGGUGCUGAAUUCGGCUGCACCGAAGAAGCAGCUGCCCGUGAGGAUGAUGGAUCGUAGAGGCAGUGCCAUUGCCAAGGGUGGUUCGAUGGAUAGCAAAAUAGAUGCCACGACUGAGGAGGACGAGUACGACGAUGAGGAGGAAGAUUACAUGAACGACUCCGACGCGAAGAUGAGCGAGGAAGCGCCGGCCAAGCGUUCGGUGGGGCGUCCCCGCAAGCACCCCGUCAAACAGGUUUCGCCCUUUGGCGGCAAGGUGCUGCUGCCGGGCAUGAAAACCUCCCCGACCGCCGCCACCCCGGUCCUGAAGCGCAAGGCGGCGGAGUUGAACGAAGAGCCGAAGCCGCAGGAAUCGCAGCAAUCGAAAAUGUUGCGCCGCUCGUACGGGCUGAAGAGUGUGCACGAGUCAAACCAAUCGUCGCAGGAGGGCGAAUCGGAAGAUAACUACGAGCUGGAAGAUAAGAAGCCCAACCGAUCGUCCACCUCAUUCCAAACCCUGGCCCGGGAACGGGGCCGUCCGCCGAAGGGUACCUUCACGCCGGGCCAGUUGGUAAAGACGGAGAAAACUGGCACCGGUGGUGGCGGUGGUGGUGGUGCCCCUCCGAUGGCCAAUCGAUCAUUGCCCGAAACGAAACUAACAAAACCAUCGCCGACGAUAACGAUCGUGAACGUGAGCGAUAUUAUAAAGAUGCGCUCGAAAAGCUCCGGCGACCUGCGGCGAAGGUUGGACGAGGAGGCAGCAUUCGAUUCGGAGGACAUGUCCGAGCAGGAAGAGGCGCAGGCGGACCGCAAGCAGGAGGACGGCAAGACGAACAACCAGCUGGUGGCGUCCAUCCUCGAGCGCAAGCGGCCAAUCUCGCUCGAGCACCUGCAGAAAGUGCGCCGGCACAUCCGCGACAUGCCGGCCAAGGGCGAGCUGAAGGGAGGAAAGCAGCGGGCCCGCCCGGCGACGAAUGAGCUCAGCGAGAACGAUGUCGUUGACUUCGAGGACGUGUUGCAGAAGAACAUCGUGAGCGCCGACAAGGACACCCGGCUGGUUACGGUCGGUGCGGUGCGAGGCCGUUCCCGGCCAGCGGGCAAUGCGAAGCAGGACGAAAACUACGGCUACGCCACAAAGCGCAUCACGCCGGGCAGUGCGGGAGGCAAGGCGGCGGGCGGUGGCGCUGCUGCCACGACGAGACGGUCGCUGCAGCCGCCCCGAAUACUGAACGCGACCAUGAAGCUGGGCGACAAUCGUCCCCGGUCGAAGCAGGCGGGCGGUUCGGGCGACAAUCACUACUCGAUCGAUCUCACCGAUCCGGACAACAACGUGAAGCUGGUGUCCUCUUCGAACGAAAACUCUCCCUCGAAGCGGUCGCCGGCGGCACCGUUCGGGCAGAAAACGCCGGCGAAUGUGGCCCGCUCCGCCACCGGCGUCGUGCGGGACAUUAGUAAUAGUGGCAGUGGUAGCGUGCGUUCUUCGCCGCAGGAGGUGAAGAAGAAGCGCGUCACGCUGUACGAAACGUGGAACGUGCUGCACAUUCGUUCGUUCGACUCGACGAUGAAACCGCCCCAGAUGGCAAUGAACAUGAUUAGCCUCGGCAAUUCGGCGGCCGAUAUCGUGAUGCCAUCGAGCGCCUGGUCGUUCCGCACGCUGCUGGAAAAGCGCAAAGUGCCUGCGGGCGAGGGCGAUCUCCUCUUCGCUGGCAAGAUACAGGACGUGACGAUCAGCGAGGAGGACAAGGCGAACUACGAGCCGAGUAAGAUCAUGUUCCGCCGGAAGGCGGCUUCGCCCGGCAAGUUUAACGUGCAGUUCGACCGGACGGUCACCUUCCGCGGCGACACGUACUCGCUGAACGUGAACGGGCAGAGCUGCAAGCUGAUGGCGGCCCCGAGCCGGAUAGACACGAUCGAGGAUAUCGAAACGCUGCUGCAGAUCGUGGACCAUGUCGAUCUGAAGCACAGCUGCAUCCAGCUGCAGCCGCCCUCGCGUCUACAGAUGCGGGAUGCUUCCGGCGGUACCAGGCGCGUCGCCGUUAGCAAAGAUCCCGUAAUAAUGUAAAUAAGGGCCGCGGGAUCACUCGGCGGGAAUGGCACGGGCGACAUUCUCUCUCUCUCUCUCGUUCGGGCUUUUCCUGCGCAAAUGCACUACCCGCAACGUAGCGCUUGGAUCUAGAAGAACAACAACAAACUGUUGUUUCAUUUGUUAUGCUUUGUACAAAUGUUCAAGGUAAAUAUCCCGCACAGAAGGAGGUGUGUAGUGCUUUUAUUUUCCAUGAAAAGCAAAGCACUACCAGUACAAACACGCAUGUCUUUGUUUUUUAAAAUAAUGGGCUGUACAGAUAAUGAGGUGUGUAGUAGUGCCAUUGCGGAUUGUGAAUCUGAGCAUUCGAAAAUCGGCGCUUUACGCAAAAUCGCUCGAAACAUUAAUUUUAAAUAAACAAUCUUCCGCUGACCAUUUUAAAAUUCGAACUCGCGCCAGUAACACAAACAAUAUGAGUUGUUUUUUAAGUUAAAUUUUGAAUUCACGAAUUCAAGGCGGGAGGAAAAAAACUAGGACCCGGCACACGUUCAAAUUGUUGCCGCGCGACGGUCCGCUUUUAAUCCAUUGUAGUAACCUUGGUCAGAUUGUUUGAAAAUUUAUGAGCACACAUGAUAAUGCAUAAACCCUGACUGUCAUCAUUGAUUCAUAAAAAUCAGAUUAAAAUGUUGGUCCAAUUACCUUCGCUCGCUCUAUAAACCUUGGUACUUGGGACACACAUUGUCUCAAAGAUCGCUUUGUGCACACCUGCGGACCAACAGAAAUUCAAACUGUUUGCGCCCCAUUUCCGUGUUCGAUCCGUGCGCUAGCGAGAAAUGUGUUACAAGCUGUGCCUGUUUUCAACUCAACAUUAACAAACAAAACCCGUAAAAAACACUGUGUGAAGAAAUCGUUCGUACAUGGUCGAACUUGUGGCCCGUAUCGGUUAAGGUAGAGAGUGCGGUACUAUAGUUGGUAUAUAUUACGGGGAGGGGAUGAUACACGCAUGCAAUAUCGCUCGAUAAGUAUAAUAAGCCCCUCUUCUGGUGCGACGUGUAAAGGAACGACAGCAAAAUUCUGCGUUUGAAUGGAAAGUUUAGUUUCUUAUUUUUUUUUUUAGCUACAAAACUACACAUACACAAACAGUAAACUAACACGCACGAGGCACGCACGUGCCCUUUGCGUAUAGAUGUAAUUGGAAGGAAAAGGAUUCGUGGCUGUACGGACUAAUUUUAAACAAAACUUUAUUUCAACUCUUGUUAGCUGACAAAAAUCGAUCCCAAAUAAAGAGACACAAAAAGUAAUGAAAA